UUCACCUCCUAAGAGUUUAAAAAGCGAAUGUAUAUCUCACUCGUGUAACCACUACCGUUGUAGAGUUUUUCUUUUCUUUCCCAUUUUUUUAGAUAUUGAUGAAUGCCAAAAAAAUACUCACGAUUGUCACCUGAAAGCUACUUGUCAAAACACAAAUGGAUCCUUUGUGUGCACCUGUUUAUUUGGAUUUAACGGAGAUGGACGGAACUGCACAGAUAUUGACGAAUGUGCAAGAAAUCUUUCUUGUCAUGUGAAUUCUAACUGUACCAACACCAUUGGAUCACAUGUAUGUACAUGCCACACUGGAUACACUGGAGAUGGACAAAAUUGCUCAGACAUCGACGAGUGUUCAAACAUGAACAUCUGCGAUAAGAACGCCUUCUGCAGUAAUACCCAGGGCUCCUACAGCUGUGCCUGUGAUCCUAAAUACAUUGGAAAUGGUUUGACUUGUAAAGCUGACAUAUGCCAAGUCCACACUGUCCUACACGAUGACGAUAGAAACAUACAUCGCCAAAACUCGCAAAAUGGACAAUGUGAUAGCAAUCUCAAAACUGGUUGGUACCGUUUCCUGAACAUUUCGGGAGUAAAAAUGCCGACUAACUGUCUAGAUCCUGACACGUGCGGCGCACAGUUUCCAGGCUGGUUGAGAAGUAGUCACCCCACAGUGGAUGAGGGAGAAGUAGCAGGGACCGUCUGCUUCAGCAGGAGCUCAGCUCGGUGCUGUUACCGAUCAAGAGAUAUUAGGGUGAAGAAUUGUAGUUCCUUUUACGUUUACCGUUUGGUGCCAACGGACUGUCCCAACCGUUACUGUUUUAUAAAUAACUAAAUAUCGCCAUAUAACAUAGUGAACAUAAACGCGUUUAUCGGUUAACUGUUUGCGAUUAGACGCCAUUACUGCAAAAAUAUCGGCAGCUAGUUGGGUUAAAAUACAUGCUAUUCUUGAGCGAAGUCGCACAGCGAAAAAGCCCAAUACGAGAACACAUUCUAUCCCAAGGUCGCCAACAUUUUAUGGUAUUGGUGUCUCGAAAUUGCAGUUAGUUUUGUUUAAUGAUCCAUUCAUCACCAGGAUUAGUAAAACUAUAAAUAAAUCAGUACGUGCUGGAUCAAAAAUUCAAAAUUUUUUUUUCUGCAAAACAUAUUCAUAGCGACAUAUGCAUGUAGUAUACAGAGUACAAAGUUUUCUGGCGGGUAUUUGAGUGAUUUUGUAGAAUUUGAUGUCGAUGAGCUCAUCUGGUAGCAAAAGACUUACCAAAAUUUUUUUAUAGUGAGUUUGAAGUCCGAAGACUUCCUGAAUUAAUGAUAAUUAUAUAGCAACCAGCUUGGAGGUUUCCAGAACAAUGUUUAAAAACGUUUUAAACAAUUAUUCCAUGAGCGCCGAUCGGAUACAAUAUGGGUAAAUAGCCAACGAGGCCCGUGGCGAAUCACCUUGUAUGGAAAACGAUUUACUCAAGUUUUGCUGAGUUGGAUUUUCUUUUGGCUGGAAACCAACACUUCUCCCAUGCAUAUUGAAUAAUUUAGUUUAAUAAAAUAAUUAUUCCAUUCGUGCUUGUUGGAUGCAAGAUUGGUUAUGGUCGAUUUGAAACACCAUUUUUUUUCGUUAAAUUAUUUUAAAAAAAAUCAGCCAAAACGUAAGUAAGAAACUUCUGCUUAUACAGUACACUAGAAACUUUCUCUACUACGAAAGAAGUCUUCGGAACAAUGUGAGCACGGCAUUGCAAAACAAGCAAUCUUUAGUGAAACUCCGAAUAAUGAUACCUCCCAAGGAUUUUCAAAAGCCAUAAAGAGGAUUCAGAGAGAGAAGACACACAGGCGAUGAAGAAAGUCGCCAUCAUCAGCGGUUUCUUAUAGUCAGUUCAAAUCUGCUCUGAACAUAGCGAAAAUCCUUAAGAUAGCUUUUGAAAAACUGAAAUGCUAGUGCAUAGCAAACGGGUUCUAUCCGAGACGACUCCAUUCUCAAAUAAGGCUUUCUUGACUUUUGUUAGCUGUCAACUUGUGAGUGACAAUUACUUUUUUGAUACCGUUAGAAUUUCAGUGAGUACAUAUUAUCGCAUUUUAGAUAUAUUCCCGAUACUUACGUAUUGUUGAAACUACUCUUGAGUUCCUUCUUGGCAAUAUAUCGUAAAAUUGAAAUUGCACCAGCUUUUUUUAUGUAUGAUUUGAACGGUAAUAACUCUACUACUUCAUAAAGACUAAUUAGAAUAAUGACGAUUCUCUGCUCAAGAGUUGUAGGCUAAUUAAAUUUGCAGCUAAUAAUAAAUGA